AUGUGCUGCCUGGAAAUUACAGCUCUGCUUUGCAUCUCUAAUCUGGCACUAACGGAAGCUUCUAGCCUACUGAUACAAUCUGGCGAAAGUAAGUUCAGUCCCAAGUACUUUCAAAACUUUACCAUUGACAUCAUCAACAAUACUCUCAACCUGGAAAUGACCACCAUAAAGCCCUUUACACGUGGCUUUAAGGUUCAUCUUGACUUCUCCAUCAGUCUGGGCAAAACAAAGCAUUAUCAAAGCGUCUUCUCACACAUCAUUGAUACUUGCGGAGUUGUAUCUGCAGUGAAAAACAAUAUAUUUAAGUCCUGGUUUCAGUCAAUGCUGGAGCAUGGCAAUUUCAUGUACAAUUGCCCAGUUGUUGUGGGUCAUUAUUUCUUGCGUAACUGGAAGUUGGAUGGACAAUUGGUACCUCACUACUUGUAUGCUGGAGAUUACCGUGUGAAGGGUCACUUCUUCUUCGGCAAACUCAAAUCGAAACAUGAGGAUUUUGUUUUAGAUCUAACUAUAUUUGCAUUGUUAAAAACCAAUUAA